AUGCAGACCAUACCAAAAAAGUCAGUCUUAAUCACGGGCUGUGGCACUGGCGGCAUCGGUUGGGCCAUGGCGAAAAACUUCCACCAGCGAGGCUUCUACGUCUUCGCCACUGCGCGCGACAUCUCUAGAAUCGACAACCUCCUCAAUCUCAGUGAUAUUGAGAUUCUGGAGCUGGAUGUGACCAUUCCAAAAACUAUCGCGCAAUGUAAAGAGAUAGUCGUGAAGCGCACAGGCGGUCGCUUAGAUGUCUUGGUGAAUAACGCUGGAAUUGAAUUCAAUAGUCCGUUGCUAGACACUGAUCUCGAGGAGGCAAAGAAGUUAUUUGAUGUCAACGUCUGGGGUCCUCUUGCGAUGGUACAGGCAUUUGCGCCACUGCUUAUUGAAGCCGGAGGGGUUGUCUUUAAUCAGAGCUCAAUUGACGGGGUCCUGAACAUGGUGUGGGCGGGAAUUUUUGCAAGCUCGCAGUCUGCCAUGGCACGCCUGUCAGAAACUAUGCAUGUAGAGCUCGAACCACUAGGUGUACGCGUCAUAACUUCUAUAUGUGGAUCUUGUGACACGCCUAUGUUUGGCAAGCCCGGUGGCCCCAUGGAGUUACCUGAGACAUCGCACUAUCACGGAGUGGAGGAGGAAGCAUGGAAGGAACGUAUGGAUCACCAGCGUCAGGCUAUGGAUGUCGAUCUACUCGCAGAGAAGCUGGUUAAAGAUAUACUUGGUGGGGCGAGGGGUGAAAUCUGGCAUGGGGCGUUUGCUUCCUUGGUGCGAUGGGCGAGUUGGCUGAAUUUUACGUGGUUCGUGGAUAGGAUGAUAAACUCGGCUAGGGGUCUGAAUAAGGUCAAGAAGAUGUAG